AUGCACAGGACGUACUCGUUGAGAAAUUCGAGGGCACCUACUGCUUCGGAUUUGCAGAACCCUCCUCCACCACCAGCUUCUACUAAGAGUAGAUUUUUUGGUAAAGGGGGUAUUGCUUACUCCUUCAGAAAAAAUGCUGCUGGUUCUUGGGGUCCGGAACUAUCACGUAAACUAUCUCAGUUGGUGAAGAUUGAAAAGAACGUAUUGAGGUCGAUGGAAAUCGCUUCUAACGAGCGUCGUGACGCUGCCAAGCAGCUCUCUGUCUGGGGUCUGGAGAACGAUGAUGAUGUUUCCGAUAUCACUGAUAAGCUAGGUGUGCUUAUCUAUGAGGUCAGCGAAUUGGAUGACCAAUUCAUUGACCGUUAUGAUCAAUACCGUUUGACUUUGAAGUCUAUUCGUGACAUUGAAGGUUCAGUGCAGCCUUCCAGAGACCGUAAGGACAAAGUUACCGACAAGAUUGCUUAUUUGAAGUACAAGGAUCCUCAAUCUCCAAAGAUCGAGGUUCUAGAACAGGAACUGGUGCGUGCAGAAGCCGAAUCGCUAGUUGCAGAAGCUCAGUUGUCUAAUAUCACCAGAUCCAAAUUGAGAGCUGCGUUUAACUACCAGUUUGACUCUAUCAUUGAGCAUUCUGAAAAGAUCGCCUUGAUCGCAGGCUACGGUAAGGCUUUACUUGAACUGUUGGAUGAUGCUCCAGUGACUCCAGGUGAGACUAGACCAGCUUACGAUGGUUAUGAAGCUUCCAAGCAAAUUAUCAUCGAUGCUGAAACCGCUUUGAACGAGUGGACUUUGGACUCUGCCCAAGUCAAGCCUACUCUAAGUUUCAAACCAGAAGAGUACGAAACCUAUGAAGACCAGGACGGUGAAGAAGAAGAAGAAGAGGAAGAGGGAGAAGUUCAUGACCAUGAGCACGAGCACGAGCACGAGCACGAGCACAAUCACGAUCAGGCCUGGGGUGCUGACGAAGUGCACGAAGUUACUAGUGAACAUAACCAAGAACGUCACAAUCCAGAUAAGCACGUCCAUGAAGUGCACACGGAGACCACCACUACUGCUGUGGCUUAA